CAGAUCUCAGAACAAACAAGAAAGAGAGAGAGAGAGCGUCGACUUCUGUUAACUGAGAGCCACUCCAUUGCCUCCCUGUUCUACACCGGGCCAAUGGGCUCAACCUCAUCGCCUUCCUCGCCAUGAUUGAUUCCUUCCACCUCCUUCUCACAUCACAGACCGAUUGACGUUUCAUGGAUGACUCAUUUCUCAAUCCUGAUGUCAUUCUACCGAAGCUCUACUCUGUCAUUUUUGCGUGCAGAACAGAGCAUGCGAUUCCAUCGCUCAAAAAUCCAAUCUUUUCUGUCCUUCUCUCUCAAAAGCUGGAAAUUAGUCUCAAUUUUCCAUAUUUAUGUCAAGUUUCUCUCUUCGGCCUUAGGUUACAAAGCAGCAGCUUAGAUAAAAGCCCUGGUUUUGGCUUGUGCUGCAACUCUCUGUUCUCGCUCUGCGUUUUUGGUGAUGAUGGGGAGAGGAAGGUUAGAGAUAAAGAGGAUAGAGAACCCAACGCAGAGGCAAUCCACCUUCUAUAAAAGAAGGGAUGGCCUCUUCAAGAAAGCUAGAGAGCUCGCUGUACUCUGUGAUGCCGAUCUCCUUCUCCUUCUCUUCUCUUCUUCUGGCAAGCUGUACCAUUACCACUCGCCCUCAGUUUCUAAUGUGCAGGAACUGUUAAGGAGGUAUGAGGUGGCUAGUCAGACAAGGAUUUUGAAGGAUCAGAAUGGAGGGGAGAACGUUGAGGAGGUUGAGAGGAUGUGCGAGAUUUUGGAGAGGGAGAUAAGGUUUAUGAGGAUUGAUGAAGGAGAAGAGUAUACUUUGCCUGUUCUUCAGGUGAUCGAGCAGAACCUAGAGGUAGCCAUGAAGAAGGUGAGAGAGGAAAAAGAUAGAAAGAUUCAAGCUGAAAUGGAAACUCUCCACAGGAUGGUGAAGGAUCGACAGCUUGAUGGGUGUGGACUGUGCGAAAAGCAAUCCCCUACACCAUUAUUGCUUGGAGAACAACCUUUGUUCGGCUAUGAAUUAGAUCUGAAAUUAGGUUUUGAUUAAUCAAAGAAGGUUCAGAUUACUUAUAAUUAGGCUGAGUUGGAGAACUAUUUGGUUAUCAUUUUCCAGCCUUAUAACUCUUGCUUCUGUUACAGUUUGUUCUUUUUUGAAGCCUAUGUGUAAGGAUAUGUAAUAUG